CAUUUUAUUCUCUCGAUCGAACUUGAAAACAGUGGCAGGUUUUUGGUUUUACGGACCACUUGUGGCUUCAUCAUGAGUUGUAUUAUUUCCGACUCCACAGUUGACGCCCACCAAGCACUUAAGUUCGUAUAUUGUAUCCUGGACGAAGUAUCGGGAAAGUUGGAGAAUACUAGUGACACUCCAGACGCCGGCCUUUUGCCACUGCUUUCUCAGGUAGAAAGCACCUUUGCCUAUCGACACUACCAAAUAACUCAAGGUUUGGCCGUUCAUCUUCUAAACGAUUUUGCGGGAUGGUGCUUCCAUCGACUUCUCCUUAUUGCUUGCCGGCCAAAGUUCGCAUAUCAUUUAACUGCCGUUGGACUUGUGCUGAAAAAGCUCUUCGUACUACUCGAACGACAUCGGCUGGAUAUUUUUGUCAUACAAGCCACGCGGUUGCUUUCCAUACUGAAUGACGCCCUUCUUGCUUUGGCUCAGUUUGACAACUCGGAGACCGAGCGGCUUCAGGUUCGUUUGGAACACUUUGUACCAAUUGACUCUGAAAUUCUCGUCUCUGGCAACGCCAAGAUUGACCGAAUAGUCUUGCGGUGUUCUCCAAUCUUGGUUUCCGACCUAUUCGGCACCUACAAUAUGGUAGCGGUGCUAUGCCACAGUCUUUCCAUAGUGGUCCUCAGUCUUCACGCAUACGCUCCUCAUCUGGUUCUGAACGCAUUCCGCCUGCUCUAUCUUGCGGUUGAUUUCUGCAAUAUUUUAAGCAAGCAGAGAGCGAUGGAAGCCGUACUUCAAGCGACCAUGGCCCUGUUUGGACAGUUGUUCCAGCCAGCUGUUAGAGUGAUUUCAGCGAACUACCUCACUGCAUCGUUGUGUCUGUGCCUUCGGUUCCUCAACGACUGGCUCUCUGGACAUCUCAAUCUACCACUUGACGAGUCAUCCUCUAAAGAUUUUGUCAAUUUCGAGCUGGUCGUUGCUCAGGCAAUUGCAUGGCUCGCUGAGUUGCUCGACGAAAAGAUCGAAACCUAUGAUUUUACUCUAGACUGUCUAAACUCCAACGUAUUGCACAGCGAACCGUUGUUAUUGUUGUGCAAGGAUCUACUGUCCGCCCCAUGGAUUACACAGCCAAGUCACCAUGCCCUGUACUCUGCCGUGCUAGGGUAUGCCACUCGCGGUGCUACUCAGCGCAAAGCGUCGAUAGAAAAGCCGACGUGUGACAAGUUUAACGAAUCAGAAUCGCCAUUCACCUUUUGGGCUGAGCGAAUACCCGCAAUUCCAUCGUGUGUUCGACUCACCGUCGAAUCUGUCUAUGAAAUGGAGACAAUCGAAGCCCAAAUGGAGGACCAUCCUCUUCCGGAAUCGCAUCUACCACUUCUGCUACGCAGUAAGAACACAUUAUCUAGCCCUACGUUUCCAAAUGUGCCUUCCUCUGCCUAUGAGGAUUUGAAUCACUUUUGGUUCACUCUCGGUCGGCUUCUCGGAUCAUCGCAACGCAACAUCCACUCACUCACAAGCUUGAAAUGUGAUCUCUUACAAGUCAGUUUAAUCGCCGUGUCAAAGGCAACCCAGUACUUACCUAAUAUGGACAAACUGGAAUCCGAAGGCCUCAGGUUUCCUGGCGGGCUCUCUGUUUUCGCCACUCUACGCGUACUUACUAAAGCAAUACUUUUGCACAAAGCUCUCACGGACUCCGAAUCCUUUGCAGACCACUCUGUGUCAUUCCUGCUCAGUUGGAUUUCACGCUUUAUUGAACAUUGCCAGCUUUCACCUUCGGUUGAUCCAUCUCCAAGCUCUCCGUCAUCCCUCUAUGGUCCGGUGCUACAGUUGGCAUGCGCAUUGCCCCCGUUCGCAUGCGCAGCGAGUGCCCCUGAGUCCCUGCAAACUCUGGACAACUGCUUGCGUCAUUUGACCUUAUUUGGUCUGCGUCAUGAUUGCCAUGUGCGCAUUUGGAUUCAGCCCAUGCUGUUUGCCAUGAAGAGAGGGAACCGCGAUAACACAUUUCUGCAUGUCGCUCGCGGGCUGCUUCAGGGACUGUUGAGGCACGCCAAACAAGUGCCUUUGUCCACUCACGCAGCCCUUCUCGUGGCUCAUUUGUCAGCAACCGUUAUCUGCGCUCAGCUCGGAUGCAGGCAGUCGUGUUCCCUCUAUUGUCCGGGCACGGGCCAAUCUGAAGCCGUGCAUGAAGGAUUGGAUCAUCACACAGUAGCAGAACAACUUGAAUGGAUUAGUCUCUUGUUCGAGGAACGCAAUGUGGAAAGUACCUCGGAAGUUUCUGUCGACUUGACGAUACACAUGAGCUGUCAUUUGAGAUGGGAGUCAGUCAAGACGGAUCAGGUUGUGGCAUUUUUCUCCCUCGUUCAAGAACACCUGCCUCAUUUCUCUCCUUCCGCCAUCAGGCGAAUUUGCACAAACGUGGCCACUCACCUUUCCCAUACUCAUUUGAGCAACUGGUUGAGCGUCCAUCCAUGUCUGAUGGCGAUGUUUUCCGCCGCUCCACGCCAGGCUCCUUCCUCUUCACUCUCACAUUCCUCCAUGGACGAGUAUCGUAUUAUGCAGUACGGCGCGCUGGCCUGUUGCCUCGCGGAACACUAUUUAGGAGCCUUUUCAUUACGUCCCAACUCCGCCAUUCCCGCUGAGUCUGCUGAAAACCGGACGUCCAGCGAAGGUUUGCUGACAGUGCCCUCGGCUGCGUCAUCCAGCUCGUUGACAGACUCCCUGGUUUCUGCUUGUGUUGCAUUGUGUCGCCUCGGUCUGAUGUACCAAUAUGUGCACGCGGCUUACGGGACAGUAUAUACACAGGUUCAGUUGAUUGUGGCUACCAUUCAUCUUCCUCCGGUUCACGUCCUUCGGCUUUGUCGAGAAAAACUUGCCCAGGCAGUGGCAGAUCACAUGGAACAAUCUGUCAUUCACGCAGUCGAAUGCAUUGCCCGAUUGUUCCGUCUGGACAACAUCACCGUCAUAAAAGAGUUGGUCUCUCCCUUAUUCAUUGCUCUUGUGCUUCGAGGAAAUCAGGAAAGCCACCUUCAGAUUCGACAAGUGGUGACCGAGGUUCCCUACCUACGGCCCUCCCAAGAUUAUGUCGGUAAAAUUAUCCAGUUGUGCGUUCUCCCAGAGACAUUGGUACACAUUUUCACCCGCACCUCCAAGGAUGAGCAGGAAGUUCACUUUGCUUUUUUGGAGUCCCACUUGGGCAUGACCAUUGAACGGAUUGCUCGCCUGAACGACGUAUCUCGUCUGAUGCACCUGUUCGUGCUACGGCUCUAUCCCUAUCGUGUGGGCGCCAGUCUUGGACUGCGAUGGAUCGCCUCGCGCGUGUUGUCUACGCGAAACGCACCUGGCUCUGUUCUCAACAACUCUCCUGCCGAUUUUCUUGGUCAAUACGUUUGCGGCAUUUUGGCAUCCUUUGACAGCACUCUCUUGGACAACGACACUAUGUUCGAGUAUAGGUGGAUUGCUCUUCGGAGCCUCGUCGUCUUUAUACAACUCCUCGGACGAAGCCAUGUUACUCGUAUGCGUGCCAAAUUCAUGGCCACUUUGAAAAUAUGUUUGCGAUACACUACGGCACCAUUUGCCAAAGUGGUCAUCAAAGCUUGGCGGAGCUUCAUACGCAUGCUAGAACUGGAUGCACUUUGUGAGCUACUACCCGAUUUGGGCGCAACACUUGUCAGUUUGAUGCCUUACGGGCCGGAGCAAGUUACCGAUUUGUUCCAUUAUUUCUUCCUUGAAAAACGAGAUGACAUCGGCGAUAAGCUAUCUUGCUUAUUUUUUUUACCGAGGGCCCCUAAGCUGCUAACUUGCCAACAGAUUUUGGAUGACCUCUGCCCCCUACGUUCGCUACCUGCUUGCAAUCUUUCCGACUACACCGAAAUCCAACUGAAGGGUGUGUUGUCGGCUUGGCUUUCCGCCCUCACUCACUCCAGUCGCUCUGUCCGCCGUCUCGCAUUAACUUCCGAGCUUGGAAUAUCGGGUGUCAACGAUCCAGAGAUUUUCGGUUUCAGUCGCGGCACUUCGUGUUGUCUCAGGGAUUUGUGCGGCUUAAUUAAUGGAUUACUUUCCGGUCGUGUUCGCAGUGAUCAGUUGCAUGACUCGGAGAAUUCGUGCUCACAGCUAGCCUGCCUCACCGCUACACGUCAUUCGGGGAACAACCAUCCAGCCUGCGAUAUCUUCUCACUUCUCGCCGAUCUCAUAUCAGCACUUUUGGAGGGAUUGACAAGGGAUACGGACGAGCGGAUGCGCCUCCUGUACGCUCGAUGGCUGGGACACAUUGGAGCGAUCGAUCCAAGCAGAAUCUCCUUCUCUGACCGAAAUGCAACCUCCCCGGUUGGCAACACUGGGAUCGAGCAAGUGCACGUCAACGAUCGUCGAUUCCCAUAUUACAUUAUGUAUGAGCUCGCGAAAAUUUACCUUCGAGCUGCUAGCCCUAAACAACUGGAUUCGGCUGCAUUAGCAAUUCAAGAACUACUGAAGCUGUUCAAAGUUCCGACCGAUCAGAUUGCCUCCUUUUCUUUCACCUUGCGAGCCCAGUCAGCGUCUGAUUUGGACAACGCCGAUAAAAGCACCUUUCCAUAUGCAUCUGGAGAGGAGUUGUGGGAAUUGUUCCCAGAGCACUUACGCGAUUUGUUCACUCCCCUCAUAACCUCUCGGUACGCUGUGGAAGCUUUCACUGACUGGACAGACGUACAAUUUCCCCUCCUUGCCACACAACCGGAUCUAAACUUCGAAUCCUGGGUUCGUCUUUGGACGGGAUCACUAAGUGCUCAAAUCACCUCUCCACACUCCUCUCUUUUUCAAUACUGCGAACCUGUUGUGAAGGCUGAUGCCAGUUUCGCUCGCACUCUGCUGGAGCACGUUGCUCUACAGUUGCUGCUGGAUGAUUCCCACAAAGGUAUUACACAGCUCAAAAUCGAGAUAUUAUCUAUUCUCACUGAGGUGGCCGAGUCGGAAAGUGGAGACGGAUGUAUACAAAGCAGUCCGGAGAAUUUGAUCGCCACUACUUCUAUCCCAGAGUUCCAUUCUUUGAAAUCCCGUCCGUCGUCUCGUUCUCGAUGGAAAUCUUGGUUUCCGUUGGCUGUCCAGACCAUCUUUAAGUUGCUGGACUACUUGAAAUGUUGGCUCCGCGAGCAGCAACGGGCUACGCGCCCUAAUACAAACCCGGAGUCCUCAUCCAUUGUUGAUCCAAAAGUGAUUAAACGCGUUAGCGAGCUGCUCUCUGAAAUCCCAAAUCGGCUUCAGGCAAAGGCGAGCCUGCGAUGUGGAGGCUUUGCGCGUGCCCUGUUGCACUGGGAGUUGGCGUUUCUCGAAGAUACAGCUGCCCAGGAAUCAGCCUUCAACACCGGCUCUGCUAUGAAGCGGCAGCUGGACGGGACUGCACACAAGUCCGUCUUGGAAUCCGAGGGACUUGUGGCUCUUGAGGGUAUGCUGAACACAUAUGCUUCACUUCGUGAUACCGAUGGUUUGGCAGGUGUGCUUGCUGUCAGUCAGCUCGCAACGGCCGAAAGAGACAAAUUAUCCUUUGGUCGCACGUUACACGGACCACAGAGCCAUUCGCAGGACACGAUUCUGCAGCGCUUCUCCAUCUUGCGUGCCAUGGAAUUGGAGAAUGAGGGUCAGUUGCACAUGGCGGCCGCUGUAUACGAACAUACCCUUGCCGCGCACGAGUCGGCAGAAUUUGUGCAUGCAAAGGUCGUGCCUGACAUCUUCUCUCCAUUGACGGAAGAACAGCGCCUCAUGUUGUACGGUGGUAUUUUCCGCUGUGAACUACCUGAUCCAGCUCGUUUGCAUGGUUUGGUCGAGAGAGUUGGUGCCUUGAUUCGUCACGCCAGAAGCAACUCCUCGGACGGGAAUCAGUCAUCCGCUUGGAUACGUGGGCUCAAUGCCUAUCGUGCCGAGGCCGCUUGGCGUUUGUGCGACUGGGAAACGUUGGCAGAAUCAACCAGCUUGUAUCCCCAGCAUUCCACUUGGUCGGUUGGUCUGGGCAAGUUGUUUUUCGCCAUGCACGAUCAGAACUCGUCUGAUUGGUCCGAUGCUCUCGCCCACCUGCGACUGAGUCAAAUGAACGAAUUGAGUGCAGCGGCCUUGGAGGGCCCCGGAGGCUACGCUCGAGCCUAUGAGACCAUCGUGAGAUUAAGCCUUCUAUCCGAUGUGGAACUUGUGGCUAAUUUUGGCGAGCAGAUCCAACAUCGGUUGCGUUCUAGUGCACUCGAAACCACUAAUUCCCUUCAGCGUUCCGCCUCCACAGGGACCAUAGAUGCUUCUACCUCGGCCACCGAUUUGUCGUCUAGCUUGGAGCGUAUACUCAACCUGCUGGACACCCGCAUUAAGGCAAACCAACCCUCGUUCCAUGUGCUGGAACCAUCUUUGGCUAUACAUCACACAUCGUUACACUUGCUGUGGUUGAAGCUGCGCUCUUUAUCGGCGUCUAUGAGACCAAAUGAGGUCUUAUCCUCUUUAACGAAUCGUCUGAGUCUGGCUAUUGGAAACAACUGGUUGCAGCGCGCCAAGCUUGCUCGGAAAUCCGGCCAAUUCAUGGCAGCCUACACGUGUGUCCUAAGAGCAGAAGCGUUCGGGAUCCCGCACGCACUUAUAGAGCGGGCGAAAUUGCUGUGGCGCACCGAGAAACGGGAAUCUGCCCAGUCUUGUCUGGAUAAAGGCAUCCCAGCGAUGUAUGGACAAAGGCAGUCAAGCGAUUUGACUCAACUUACUACUCAGCAGGCGAUGCUUCUUCGUGCUCGGUACUCGGAAGAGACUAGCCGCUUCGACUUCGAGACCACUAAACGCAUGUACGAAGCUGCGUGCCAUCUCCAUGACGACUGCGAGGCGGCACAUUUUCGCCUGGCCCGUUACGUUGAUCGCGCAUGUUCUCUGGCCACCGUGGCCAAGCAACACGAUACGCUCCUUAAAGUAGCACUUACUCAUUACGGAUUGGCUUUAAGCUAUGGAAGCCAGUUCAUUUACCAAUCGAUGCCUCGUCUUCUAUCCCUUUGGCUGGAUUAUGGAACAGAAAUUGCGCGGCACACCGAUUCGGCCUCCACAAACAAGUCUGCGAACAACGCCAGCAAAGUUCCAGUUGACCAGACUACCUUUCAAGAAGUUCAAGAGAUUAUGUGCCGCAACAUCCAGCGGAUUCCGGCAUAUCAAUACUACACCGCAUUAGGACAAUUGUUGUCCCGUGUCUGUCAUGAGCACCCGACCGUUGUCAACUCUUUGAUGGAGCUAAUCGUGCGAAUAUUUGAGGCCUACCCACUGCAGUCGAUUUGGUUUCUUAUGCCGCUAAAUGAUUCUGUUAUCCGACAACGUCGCGAUCGAUGCCAGCAAAUUUUCACCCUCGUCAGGACAAAGCAGCCACAUUUGUCGAAGUUCAUCGCAGACUGCACUGCUUUGUGCAACCAUCUCCGAACUAUUUGUGGUCUGUUUAUGAGUACUGACAGACGAGAGAUGCGCAGUUUCAGUCUACGACAAUCUCAGCGUCCCCUGACCCGCUUGAUUGAAAGCAGCGAUUUCUCGCGCAUUCUUAUCCCCAUUCAUCGCCAGUUGGUGCCCAACUUGUUAUCUGUUCAAUGCCGGUACGAGGACAUGCAGCGCCAUUGGCCCUUUGGUUCCGGACCUGACCAACUUGUCUGCCUGACACGCAUAGAGGACACUGUGGAAAUUUUGGGCUCUCAGACUCGACCGAAGAAAAUGACUUGGGUGGGAUCAGAUGGCCGGAAUUACAUCAUCGUGGCGAAGCCUAACGACGAUCUCCGCAAGGAUUCACGUCUAAUGGAGUUGAAUGGUAUGAUUAAUACAUUUUUGGUGAAAAAUGCAGAUACAAGACGACGUGCACUGCAGAUACGCACAUACGCCGUCAUCCCCCUAAGCGAAAAAGGAGGCUUAAUUGAAUGGGUUCACAACACCGAACCGUUCCGGACGAUUAUCACACGUCUCUACAACGAGAUCGGUCGCCCGAUUAAUUGGGGCACAAUGAGUAGAGUGGCGCCUCUCCUCGAAGAUCCUUUGCCUGUAAAGCGCGAUAAAUAUCUGAAUAAAUGGUUGCCCAUGUUUCCCCUGGUAUUCUACCGCUGGUUCUUGGAUACGUUCCACAAUCCGAGCACUUGGUACUCUGCUCGGGAGUGCUACGCGCGCACCAGCGCGGUGAUGAGCAUGGUUGGCUAUGUGUUGGGUCUCGGUGAUCGGCACACAGAAAACAUUCUGUUCGAUUCGACCACUGGUGGCGUGGUACACGUCGACUUCUCCUGCGUCUUUAACAAUGGUCUCACACUCCCUUGGCCCGAGCGCGUCCCGUUUCGCCUCACGCGAAACAUGGUCCAUGCCUUGGGUCCCACCGGUUACGAGGGUAUCUUCAGGCGAUGUGCAGAGGCCGUGAUGCGAUUGCUGCGCCACGAGAUCGAUCCGCUUUUGGCCGUCUUCCGGCCUAUCUACUACGACGCGCUGGUCGAGCAAAGAGGGAGCGCCCGUGGUCCGCACACGGACGGUACUUCGUCGGUCGCAGGCAGCAAAGGUCGUAGAAUAGCCGCUGCCGAUCCGCACUCCGCUCUGAAUCACGAACUCACUGAACGCCUUACGAAGGCGGCCACUGAGAAACUGAACGGGAUGGAGGAUCGACUUAAUGGAAAAAUUACCGAACACGAUGGCUUCAGUCAGAUUUUACCUAUGUCCGCCGAGGGUCAGGUCGAUGCAUUGAUAAACGAGGCGACCGACGUGGAUCAACUAUGUCAAAUGUACAAGGGUUGGAUGCCAUUUUUAUAAACUUUUCACUCCCAACACCCUCAAAGUGUAUAUUCUGUAUGCAUCGAAAUUUUAUACCAUAGAUUGUAUUACAUUUUUAUUCGAUUCCGUCUGUUUCUUUUUUGAUCUCUUAGUACUUACUGGGUUAUAUCCCCCAUCAUUUCUUCUCUAUCUCCUGCAUACAUCUCUUAGGUUGGCA